GUCAGAAGAAAAUAAAAUAAUGAAAGAGUAAAUAAACCCCAAAGCGGCGGCGGGGCUUGUUUCUGCUGUGUGCGCUUUGCGUCUGUGCAAAUGAAUUUUUGUUGCCCUUUUGAAGAUAGUUAGACAAACUAUUUUUUGGGGGGAAGGUUCAAGAGCAGUUUCAUCCUUUGGACAGCUAUUUGGUUUGAAUUCUCCUCUCGUUGCCUGAAAGUUAAACAAUGUCAGGUACAAGGUUUCUCUUCAGUAAUGACAUCCUUUUACGUGCCUCAGAUGCCCCUCCAGUCAAAGGCCUCCUUGAAACUCAUCCGGGUGCAUACACAACAUCACGCACUCACAACAAUGCUUCAUGGUUGUUAUUUUGGGAGAGACACAUGAAAAGACUUUCACAAUCUAUACAAAUUCUAUCGAAUUUGGCGCCAGAGCUUCUAUUUAAAUCUAAUAAUUCUGCAAUUCUGUUACCGUCAUCAGCAACCUUGCCAAUAUGGCAACCCACCGUUCAGAUGCUUGUUAAUGAUUCGGUGUGCAAAGUCUUGCCGAUUGCAUUGAAAGAGAGGAAUGAUUGUGAGGAAUUGGCCAUUACAACUCUUGUUAGUGGUAAUUUGGAGGAAUUAAAUGCAUGUGACACCUUCAGUGAGGAAAGAAUGAGUAAAAUUCUUGAUGUGCAUGUGCAUGUUGAGACUUAUGUUCCUCCUACAUUUGGUAUUUGGGGAAAUGGUGUACAUUUGGCUGUAGUGGGCUAUGGGAGGAAUGUUGCAGCUGCUAAAUAUUCAGAUUGGGUAAGGAUUAGGAAAUCUCUGGAAAAGCUCAGGCCUCCCUCAGUGACAGAACUGUUGCUGUCUAAUGAUGGGGAUCAGAUCCUCGAAGGUUGUGUGACAAAUUUUUUUGUUGUUUGCUGCAAGGAAAGGAAUUCAAAUGAUGAGAAGGCCCUGUGUGAUUAUGGAAAUAAAUACUCUUUUGAAGUACAAACAGCUCCGAUCAGCGAUGGUGUUCUUCCAGGAACAAUACGCCAACUAGUGCUUGAGAUAUGCAGGAGUGAAGGAAUUCCAUUUCGAGAAGUUGCUCCAUCAUGGUCAGAAUGUGAAAUCUGGGAGGAGGCAUUCAUCACAAAUAGCUUGAGGCUUUUACAACAUGUGGAUAGUAUUCAGGUUCCAACAGAAUGGCAAUCAGCCCAUUCUAAAACGUGGAAGGAUAUAUCAUGGACAAAAAAGCAAUUUCAGGGUGGACCUGGGAUGAUCACAACUAUUAUCCAGGAAAAGAUUAUGGAGAAAGCAAUUCUGGAAGGGUACCCAAUAAGUAACAUAUAUGCAGGUUGAAGAUCCCACUGAGUUGCUAAUAUGCUGGGAUGAAACGGACAAUAGUUGAGCAUCUAGUUCUCCCCUUCUCUGGGCUUAUACAUUGGCAAUUCCAUAUUUUCUUAGCUCAUCAAAUAGAUGACAACAGUGUGAUCUCUUGGAAGAUGGCCGUUUUCUUGAAUCUGAAGUCUGAACAACUUCAUGAAUAAGCCAGAGACCAAAUAGAGAGAAUUGGAACAAAAAUAGAGAAAUCAAGUUCUUAUACUGAUGUCUAGCAGGAUUUAUUUACUCCUUCAUACACCACUUGUGUGAACAUUAAUAUCAGCUUAUAUCUGUUUAUAUGGAAAAUGUCUUCCAAAAUCUUUUGCUGAAAAAAAA